UGCAUCCCUUGAUCAAUUCUUUCAUCAAACUAAUCUAUCAUUCUUAUGUAAUCUAGUCUAUUCCAUAUUUGGUUCUCUGUACUUGAAUCCUCUUGAUCCCUUUCAUCUUCUAAUCCAUAUAUGGAAGCUCUCUCAAUAAUGCUUAACCACUAUCAUAAUGAUCACAUUAUGUUUAGUGCAUUACUCACCAUAUUAAUAACUCUUCUACUAGUCUCUGUCAUGAAGCUAUACAUCUCAAAAUCUCAAACAGUUUACCUUGUGAAUUUCUCAUGUCUGAAGCCCCCAGACUACUGUAGGGUUCCCAUUGCAGGCUUUCUUGAACACAUCAGGUUGUUUGAUUUUCUAGACGAAGACAGUGUCGAUUUCAUGUCGAAGAUUGUCAGUUUUUCUGGACAAGGUAAUGAAACCUACUAUCCACCAUCUUUGUUCUAUAUUCCACCAGUUCCAACUGACCGUGAAGCGAUGGAAGAGGUCCACAUGGUCCUCUUCCCUGUGUUCGAAGAUCUCUUAUCCAAAACAAAUCUUGAGCCUCGUGAUAUCGAUGUCAUUAUAGUGAAUUGCAGUGGAUUCUGCCCUGAACCAUCGCUUUCUUCGAUCAUAAUCAACAAGUACAAGAUGAGGGAAGAUGUCAAGAGCUAUACACUCACUGGCAUGGGAUGCAGCGCAAGUGCAAUAGCUGUUGACAUGGCUAAAAACAUCUUGAACACGCGUAGAAACUCAAACGCUGUCGUUCUGAGCACAGAAAUAUUGUCAACCGGAUGGUACCAAGGCAGAGAAAAAGAGAAACUUAUCAUCAACUGCAUGUUCCGGAUGGGAAGUGCAGCAGUCUUGCUGUCAAACAAAAAGGCCUUAAAAAACAACUCAAAAUACAAGCUCCUUUUCAGCUUAAGAACUCAAACAGCCUCAGAUGACAAGGCCUACUACUCCGCCAUGCGCGAAGAGGACUCUGAGGGAUUCACUGGCGUGACUGUCAAGAAAGAGUCCCUGCAAGCUUUUGCAGAAGCUGUGCGCUCCCAUCUAGUCAUUCUAGGCUCAUCAAUCUUGCCAUUAGUCGAAAAACUGCGGUACGCUCUGUGUGUACUCAGGAAGUGCAUGAUAGACAAGAGCACAGAGAUUUAUGUGCCUGAUUUCAAAUCAGUUGUGCAACAUUUUUGUUUUCCAACCACAGGGAAACCUAUGCUGAGAAAAGUAGGGAAAGAGUUGAAGCUUGGAGAAGGAGACUUGGAAGCUAGUUUGAUGACACUGCACAGGUUUGGUAACCAGUCAUCAUCUUCAUUGUGGUAUGUUUUGGCUUACAUGGAGGCCAAGGAGAAUGUGAAGAAGGGUGACAAAGUGUGGCAACUUGGGCUUGGAAGUGGAUACAAGUGCAUCAGCUUACUCUGGGAGUGUGUAGGGCCUAUUGUCGGAGAGGCUCAGACUGGCCCAUGGGCUGAUUGCAUUUCUCGCUAUCCUGUAGUUCCUUCAUCCAGUAUGUAGUAGGAGGAUUCCUUUUCUAUAUUCACAUUCACUGAUUGAUACAUAUAAAGCUCUUGAGCUGAAAAAAUUGAUUGGGAUCAUGAUAUAUAUUAGUACCAAGGAUAUAUCAAGACUGAUGGUAUUGAGCAGGCCAUAUCAAACAUUUUAUUUGUUGCAA